AUGGCAACAUCGAUGGAAGCCAAGCACGCCGAAGCGUCCGUUAACGAUGCUGUGGAACACAUCCGCGAGUUUAACGACGAUGAAGUGAUCAAGAACCUCGUCAAGGACGCCAGAACCGCCUCCGACGCUGAGCGUAAGAUUUCGCUGAUGGAGGGUCUCAGGACCUACCGCAAGGCCGUGGCGUGGUCGGUCGCCCUGUCCUCCUGCAUUAUCAUGGAGGGCUACGAUACGCUGCUUAUAGGUAGCUUCUUCGCUAUGCCAUCCUUCAACCGCAAAUACGGCGAGCCGGACGGAAAGGGAGGCUAUACGCUCACCGCACCCUGGCAGAUCGGCCUCACCGCGGGCGUCAGCCUCGGUUCCAUGGCCGGAGUCGCGCUGGGAGGCUGGCUGGCUGGGAAGUUUGGAUACAAACGCAUCAUUGCCUUGGCCCUCUCCAUGAUCACCGGGUUCAUCUUCAUUACCUUCUUUGCCCCGAACCUUAUCGCGCUCCAAAUUGGCCUCAUCCUCUGCGGUCUCCCGUGGGGCAUGUUUCAGUCUGUCACCGUCGCCUACGCGGCCGAGGUCUGCCCGACCAACCUUCGCGGCUACCUGACUAACUACACCAACCUGUGCUGGAUCAUCGGGCAGAUUAUCGGCGCUGGUGUCCUUAAGGGGAUGGAAACCCUCGACAACGAAUGGUCGUUCAGGAUCCCCUUCGCCGUUCAGUGGAUCUGGCCCAUCCCCAUCUUAGUCGCCGUCUGCUUCGCUCCUGAGUCCCCCUGGUGGCUCGUCCGCAAGGGCCGCAUCCAGGAGGCCGAACGGGCACUGAACAAUCUCGGCACCAGCGGCGAGUGGUUUAACGCUAAGGCGACGGUUGCUAUGAUGAUCCACACAAACAAAAUGGAGAUCGAGAACAGGGAGGGAACCAGGUGGCUAGAUGCCUUUAAGGGCGUCAACCUACGUCGUACGGAAAUCGUCUGCGGCAUCUGGGCGACUCACGCUCUGUGUGGCCAGAAGCUCAUGUCGUAUUCCAUCUACUUCUACACCAAGACCGGCUUGGAUCCCUCCAAUGCCUUCUCCCUCAGCCUAGGCCAGUUCGCAAUCGGUUUUGCCGCUUCUGUUCUCUCGUGGGUUCUGUUGGCUCGCAUGGGCCGUCGAACUAUUAUCCUUGCCUCACUCAGCGCCCAGGCGGUUCUUCUUCUUACUAUCGGCUGCCUCGGAAUCCCCGAUGCCUCGGACGCCACCUCGUGGAGUAUAGGCACCCUUAUGCUCGUUUUCAUGUUCAUCUACAACCUCACCGUCGGCCCCGGAACCUACACAAUUGCCGCCGAGAUCCCCUCGACAAGGAUGCGACAGAAAACAAUCGCCCUGGGUAUCAACACCGGCUAUGUCCUCGGCGCCUCCUACACGAAUGUCAUCGGCCUAUACAUGCUCAACUCGGCUGGGUGGGACUGGGGCGCCAAAGCUGGCUUCUUCUGGUUCGUGCACUGCUGCCUGUGCCUCCUGUGGGCUUUCUUCCGCCUCCCUGAGCCCAAGGGAAGAACCUACGCGGAGCUCGAUAUGCUUUUCGAGCAACGAGUCCCUGCGAGGAAGUUUAAGACGGCUGUCGUAGAUCCGUACGCGACUCAGCCGAAUGAAGUGCAGGAGAUUAUUAGCAAGGAGGAGUAG